CACAGCGCAGCGUCUUCCGGAGGGAGCUCCUGUCAGCCGGCAGAUUCCCACCACUCCGCUCGCUCCCCACUGCCCCGCAGCUUUUACGUGGGCUCCGAGUCUGAGGGACAACAAAAAUGGCGGAGCGGAGCCAGACGACGCCUGAGGCAGGCAAUGAUAUGGGAAAUGAUGAUUCCAUUGGAGGAAAUGUAAACAAAUAUAUGGUGUUUCCAAGUGGUUACUGUGGACAAGCUAAGAAAGGACAUCUUAUCUUUGAUGCGUGCUUUGAAAGUGGUAACCUUGGUCGAGUGGACCAGGUCUCUGAAUUUGAAUAUGAUCUGUUCAUUAGGCCUGAUACCUGUAACCCACGGUUUCGAGUCUGGUUCAACUUCACUGUGGAAAAUGUGAAAGAAUCACAGAGGGUCAUUUUCAACAUUGUUAACUUCAGUAAAACAAAGAGUCUUUAUAGAGAUGGGAUGGCCCCUGUGGUGAAAUCUACCAGCAGACCAAAAUGGCAAAGGCUGCCACCUAAAAAUGUGUACUACUACCGUUGUCCAGACCAUCGGAAAAACUACGUGAUGUCCUUUGCAUUCUGUUUUGACCGAGAAGAAGAUGUUUACCAGUUUGCUUACUGCUACCCGUAUACAUACACUCGCUUCCAGCAUUACCUUGACAGCCUCCAAAAGAGAAACAUGGACUAUUUCUUUCGGGAGCAGCUGGGCCAGAGCGUGCAACAGCGGCAGCUUGACCUCCUGACAAUAACCAACCCUGAUAAUCUCCGGGAAGGGGCAGAGCAGAAAGUGGUAUUUAUCACAGGACGAGUCCACCCAGGGGAGACACCUUCUUCCUUUGUGUGCCAAGGGAUCAUUGACUUCCUUAUAAGCCAGCACCCCAUUGCCCGUGUCCUUCGGGAACACCUGGUCUUCAAGAUUGCACCAAUGCUCAACCCUGAUGGAGUCUACCUGGGCAAUUACAGGUGCUCUCUGAUGGGGUUUGACCUGAAUCGUCACUGGCUGGAUCCUUCUCCUUGGGUCCACCCUACCCUGCAUGGGGUGAAGCAGCUCAUCGUGCAGAUGUACAAUGACCCAAAAACAAGUCUGGAGUUCUAUAUUGACAUCCACGCCCACUCCACCAUGAUGAAUGGCUUCAUGUAUGGCAAUAUCUUUGAGGAUGAGGAACGGUUCCAACGGCAGGCUGUUUUUCCCAAGCUCCUUUGCCAGAAUGCUGAAGACUUCUCCUAUUCAAGUACAUCCUUCAACAGGGAUGCAGUGAAGGCAGGAACUGGCCGGCGCUUCCUCGGUGGGCUCCUGGACCACACUUCCUACUGCUAUACCCUCGAGGUCUCCUUCUACAGCUACAUCAUUGGGGGCACCACUUCUGCUGUGCCCUAUACUGAAGAAGCCUAUAUGAAGCUGGGCCGGAAUGUGGCAAGGACGUUUUUGGAUUAUUAUCGACUGAACCCUCUGGUUGAGAAGAUGACGAUGCCCAUACCUAGACUGCGACAUGAUGCUGAACCAAAGGCCUCUGGAGAGACGAGACCAGCAGGUGACGUGGUGAACUUGACCUACAAGAGGUGCAACACUUCCGACCUCAUUAACAUCACUGUGCAAUAGGUACCAUGGAGCACACCUUACC